GAUUCUAUCGUUUAUUCCUUUAUCUGUUUUGAACUCUGACCCCAUUUAAGCAAUUCUCUCUGCGUUUCUCUACAUCUCAAGCAGAAUGAUUGAGCUUAGAAUCGCACUCUCAUGUCUGGCUCUGUCGUUGAUACUCAACUUAGUGGUUACCGCCGGAGAGUUCUUCAAGCCAUUCAAUGUCACUUACGAUCACAGGGCUCUGAUAAUCGAUGGGAAGCGGCGGAUACUCAUUUCCGCUGGGAUUCACUAUCCUCGUGCCACUCCCCAGAUGUGGCCUGAUAUCAUUUCUAAGAGCAAAGAAGGGGGUGCUAAUGCCGUUCAAACUUAUGUAUUUUGGAGUGCCCAUGAACCAGUCAGGGGUCAGUACAAUUUUGAAGGAAGAAAUGACAUUGUCAAGUUUGUGAAGCUAGUAGGAUCUAGUGGACUCUAUCUUCAUCUUCGAAUAGGUCCUUAUGUUUGUGCAGAGUGGAAUUUUGGGGGCUUUCCUGUCUGGCUACGUGAUAUACCUGGCAUAGAAUUUCGAACAGACAAUAAGCCCUUCAAGGAUGAAAUGCAGCGGUUCGUGAAGAAAAUAGUUGAUCUAAUGCGGGAAGAGAUGCUUUUUUCUUGGCAAGGUGGCCCCGUUAUCAUGUUGCAGAUUGAGAAUGAAUAUGGCAAUAUUGAAGGCUCUUUUGGUCAAAAGGGUAAGAACUAUGUGAAAUGGGCUGCUAAUAUGGCUCUUGGUCUUGGUGCUAGUGUUCCAUGGGUCAUGUGCAGACAAGUUGAUGCUCCAGAGAAUAUUAUAGAUGCCUGUAACGGAUACUACUGUGAUAGUUUCUGGCCAAAUUCUCACAAUAAACCAAAACUCUGGACCGAGAAUUGGGAUGGAUGGUAUACAAAAUGGGGUGGGAGACUACCUCAUAGACCUGCUGAAGAUAUUGCAUUUGCUGUUGCCCGAUUUUACCAACGAGAAGGGAGCUUCCAGAAUUAUUAUAUGUAUUUUGGUGGAACGAACUUUGGCAGGACUUCUGGUGGCCCAAACUAUAUUACUAGCUAUGACUAUGAUGCUCCCUUGGAUGAAUAUGGAAUACUGAGGCAGCCUAAAUGGGGCCACUUAAAAGAUUUACAUGCCGCUAUAAUGCUUUGUGAACCUGCUCUAGUUGCUGUUGAUUCACCGAAGUAUAUUAAGUUGGGACCUAAACAGGAGGCACAUGUGUACAGUGAAAAUGCUCAUAUUCGUGCUGAAUCCACUAAUGAGUCCAGCAAUAUUGGCAGUUGUGCUGCAUUUUUGGCAAACAUUGAUGAGCAUAAAGCAGCUUCUGUCUCAUUAUUUGGACGAACAUAUACUUUGCCCCCUUGGUCAGUGAGCAUAUUGCCAGACUGCAGGAACACUGCUUUCAAUACUGCAAAGGUUGGGGCUCAGAUUUCUGUCAAGUCAACAGAGUAUAGUGUGUCUUCUCCAGAUAUUUCUCCACUUCAAAAGACAAUGAUUCAGGAUAAAGUUUUCCCCAUCCCAGAAACUUGGAUGAUUUACCAAGAGCAACUUGGUGCAUGGAAUAAUGAUAGCUUCACUGUCUCAGGCUUACUAGAACACCUGAAUGUGACCAAGGACAAAUCUGAUUAUUUAUGGUAUAUAACAAGAAUAUCUGUCUCUAAAGAAGACAUUUCAUUCUGGGAGAAAAACUCUGUUAAACCAAUGCUCACAAUUGAUAGCAUGCGUGAUUUGGUGUAUGUAUUUGUUAAUGGGAAACUUGCAGGUAGUACAUUUGGCCAUUGGGUCAAGGUGGAGCAACCCCUUCUGCUUGUGGAAGGACACAAUGAUAUAAUAUUGUUAUCUGAAACCACUGGCUUGCAGAAUUAUGGUGCUUUCUAUGAAAAAGAUGGUGCAGGCUUUAAGGGUCAAAUUAAACUUACUGGACUCUUAAAUGGGGAUAUUGAUAUAUCUGCUUCAUUAUGGACAUACCAGGUUGGGCUAAAGGGUGAGAGCUUGCAAAUAUAUACCACUGAAGGCAAUGAAAAGGCUAACUGGACCAACCUAACACCCGAGGCUAUCCCAUCCACUUUUUCAUGGUACAAGGCAUAUUUUGGCCCACCUGUUGGAAAUGAUCCUGUAGCUCUUAACUUGAGAAGCAUGGGGAAAGGCCAGGUUUGGGUGAAUGGACAUCAUUUGGGAAGAUAUUGGACAUUGGUCGCACCAAAAACAGGAUGUCAGGAGGUAUGUGAUUAUCGAGGGGCUUACGAUUCAGAAAAGUGUACGACAAAUUGUGGGAAACCUACUCAAAUCUGGUAUCAUAUUCCACGAUCCUGGUUAAAGCCAUCAAACAAUUUACUCGUGAUAUUUGAGGAAACUGGUGGAAACCCAUUUGAGAUUUCAAUCCUGUCAUAUUCCACAAAAACUAUUUGCGCUAAAGUAUCAGAAUCUCAUUAUCCCCCUCUUCACAUGUGGUCCCAUCCUGAUAUUGUAGAAGGAAGAGUGUCAAUAACAGGUAUUGCACCUGAAAUGCAGUUGCAGUGUGAUAAGGGGCAUAUUAUAUCAUCUAUAGAAUUUGCUAGCUAUGGAACUCCUAAAGGUAAUUGCCAAAAGCUUGUGAAAGGCAAUUGUCAUGCACCAGAUACACUAUCCGUUGUGUCUCAGGCAUGCAAUGGAAAGAAUAGCUGUUCAAUCAAAAUAGCCAACUCCAUAUUCGGUGUUGACCCUUGUCACGGCGUGCUUAAAACUUUGGCUGUGGAGGCAAAAUGCUCACCUAAUACUAUUACGCUGGAAAGUUCGGUUUCUGAUCUUUGAAUUCUUCACACGCGUGCAUACUUUCUCAGUCCUCUUCAAAGGUCAUUACUUCCACCCCCAAGCCAUGAUAUAUAGGUCAUUACUUUGUGUAUUAUGAAAUGUUCUGAUGAAUGUAUUUUAAUGGAGAGAUGUCAACUUUACAUAUGAUGAUUUCUUCUGAUGAUCAUGUGUAUAGAAAUAAUCAAAUCUGACUCUUGAGGGAAAAUAAAGAAGAGAAGGAUAUAAUUUUAUGCUUUGAAUGGGCAGGUAUUCUUUUUGUUUUA